ACUUCAACGACCUUACAUUUUAAUUUUCUUUAAAUUUUUGUGCUGACGAUAUUUGGAUGUUAUAAUGCAGUCAACUAUCAUUGGACUCGGUACGUUAAAUGUAAGGCUUCUUUCACUCUCUCUCCUCUUUUAUCUCUAUUUAUGUUAGAGAAAGAUACCAUUGAAGGACCAAAUCCUUGAACUGCUAAAAUGUUUAUGAAGAAAUUGUCUUGCAUUAUCUGAAAAUUUUCUUUGUGAAGCGCAUUUAAAUAUUCAGAACACAUUUUUUCUUCCUCAUAGGUUAUAUUAAAUUAGCAGAUUAUGUUCUUUAUGCUAUAAUACAAUAUUAUCUUUAACUUAAACAUAGGUACGAAACACUUAAAAUUUUGAUAUGUGUCUUUACUAUAAAUUGUAAAUUAUUAAAUAUACACACUAACACACACAAGCAAAUACACUCACAUAAAUAUUAGUCUAAUGUAAAAUCAAAUGCAAUAUUGUAUAAUUAAGUAAUAUUUAUAUCUCAAUCAUGAUUGGAUAAGUAAAAAUAAAUAUAUUUAUUCUGAGAGUAACAAAAAGAAGAUAAAUGAAAUGGUCGAAAUUCAACCUUUUGUCUUUAAAAUAAAUAAAAAAAGGUCUCAGAGGAGCAAAAGUAGCCAAGGGAACAAGGCAGUGAAUCCACCAUACAUGCGCAGGUUCUUUCUUCUUAUUGGAUUAAUGGUUUACUUGCAGGGGCCCUCCCAAUAGUUCUCCGGUUGAUCCUCGGGUUGAUAAUAGCAAUCGACCUUGUACUAAGGAUCUUAAUUGCAAUUCCAUUCGUGCUUGUAUUACUUGUCUAUAAACUGAGAAGAAGACACAUAUCAAUGUUUAAAGCAAUAGAAGACUUUCUACGCAGUCAGAAUAACCUGAUGCCCAUCAGUUACUCCUAUUCAGAAAUAAAGAAAAUGACCAAAGGUUUUCGGGAAAAAUUAGGUGAAGGAGGUUAUGGUUUAGUUUACAAAGGAAAGCUUCGAAGUGGAAGGGAUGUAGCAGUGAAAAUACUGGGCAAAAAUAAAUCAAAUGGACAAGAUUUUAUCAAUGAAGUUACCACUACUGGAAGAAAUCAUCACGUUAAUAUAGUUCGACUCGUUGGUUAUUGUGCAGAUAUGUCUAAGUGUGCUCUUGUAUAUGACUUCAUGCCUAAUGGUUCACUUGAGAAGUACAUCUCUUGUCAGCAAGGUGGAACUCAUUCAUUAACUUGGGAGAAAAAGCAUGCGAUUACACUUGGAGUUGCUCGAGGGAUUGAGUAUUUGCAUCGAGGCUGUAACAUGCAAAUUCUGCAUUUUGAUAUCAAGCCACACAACAUACUUCUUGAUGAUAACUUCACUCCUAAAAUUUUUGAUUUUGGGCUAGCCAGAUCUUACCCAACUGGAAAUAGUAUUGUGACUAUUACUGCUGCACGAGGUACAAUUGUUUAUGUAGCUCCUGAAUUGAUCAACAGAGGCAUUGGGGCUGUCUCGUACAAGGCAGAUGUUUAUAGCUUCGGAAUGUUGUUGAUGGAAAUGUUAGGUCUAAAUAGAGACUUGAUACAAAAUACGGAACUUUCUAGCCAAUACUUCCCCGAUUGGAUAUAUGAUCGUUUUAACAAGGGUAAGGAUCUUGAAAUUGGAGAUGCUGAUGAAUCAGGCUGUGAAGAAAUGAAGAUUACUAGGAAGAUGACAAUAGUUGCAUUAUGGUGCAUACAGAUGAAUCCGAUGGAUCGUCCUUCAAUGAGUAAAGUAAUAGAAAUGCUUGAAAGUAAAGUUGAGACUCUGCAAAUUCCUCCUCAGCCUUGCCAACCACCCCUACAGGUUGCGCCACCUGAGGACCAAACAUGGGGAACAGAUUCAACCAACUCCAUAGCCUUCCUAUGCAAUGCUUCUAAUUCUUUGAAUUUAGCCGUUGAGUGAUUAUCAUUACCCACCAAUACUCAAAUUGAUAUAAUGUCCCUUUUUACUCUCCGUUUAGUUUCUUGCUUUAUGGUCAUGCAAUUCAUUGCUAAUUAGUUAGAAACAUGGGUGUGUUGUAUUGUGUAAUGUUGUUUGGUAAUGUGUAAUGUAUAAUUUGUGCAGUAUUAACGAAGAAACGAAAGUUGAAUUCUCGUCCACUAUGCAUGCAAUAAGAAUGUUAGCAAUUAUUGUAGCAGUUUAAUAAAAUUAUUGUUGGAAA